AUGCUUCGCGUCAAGGAGAUCAUCCAACAACUCAUGCCUGAAACCUACGUUCAUUCUGUCGCUAUUGAUCUUGAUCCCUCUAUCGAUGAGAGACGGUCUAUGAUGGGAGAUGCUAACGUUGAGGUUGAUUUGGUGUGCCAGGAAUUGAGUAACGUUCCAGAAUUGCAACGUGGGUUCGGAGCCAUUGGCUUCUCCCAAGGUGGUCUUUUCUUAAGGGCAUUGAUUGAAAGAUGCCCGAACGUAUCGGUACUGACCCUUGUAACAUUUGGAUCUCCACAUAUGGGCGUUCUGGAACUCCCUAUGUGCGCAGAUAAGAAUGACUGGCUUUGCAAGAAGAGGAAUGAAAUCCUUAAGAAACAGGUUUGGUACGGUACCAUUCAACAUUCGAUCAUUCCCGCCCAAUAUUUUAGAGCUACUUCAGAUUAUGAUCGGUAUUUGAAGCACCUGAAUUUCCUUGCCGAUAUCAAUAACGAACGCAGCCAAUCUUUUGAUAUUGAAGCCAAAGAGAGGUUCUCGAAACUUAAGAAGCUAGUCUUGAUAAAGUUUACGGAGGAUACUACCUUGGUACCAAAAGAGAGUGCUUUCUUCCAAGAAGUGGAUCCUUUGGGUGGCUAUAUUGUCGAUAUGCGCCAGACCAGGAUCUACAAAGAGGACUUGAUAGGGUUGAAGGAGCUCCACAAGCAGAACAGGAUCGAUUUUCUUACAGUAGAGGAGAACCAUAUGAGAUUCCUGGAUUCUUUUCUAGUCGAUAUCAUUAGCAAGUACUUCAUGAAUGGGUUAUAG